AUGGUCUUUACACGUCGUCAUAGACGGCUUGGCAGCGGCGACAGUAGCACCAGCAGCACUGGCAAUGCGCCACACGUAGUCAAGACAUAUGGGCGUGUCCGUCACCGGACUGUAAACAGGGACAGCAAUUCAGCACACAAAUUCGCACUGGCCGCAAGCGCAAGGCCCACAGUUGCUGGUGUGGUUGACGAUGGCCCUUCUGACAGCGACUUUGAGAAAGAGGAACCAACGCCCAAGCCUACAGCACAAUCCGGACAUCUAUCCAAGGCUCGGCCAACGAAAACAAGAGGCAGCCCACAGAUGUCACCAGCAGACAACGGUGACACACCUCGGCCACGCCAGCCUAAGGCAGUUUCAGGCAACGGGACGGCCGAUCCUGGCAGCAGCGACAACAUCCAAAGUCUCCGCAGAAAGCAAAGAGGAAACUACGCAAGGGUGCGGCGGCGGCAGAAUCCUAAAGCAGCAGAAACUACAGCCAUUGGAAUUAGAAGGUAG